AUGGAUGGUCCUCUUGGAGAUGAUAGCAAACGGCUCACCGAUCCGCUGUACCUAGAAAUGUCUGGGAACAUCCAGCAGCAACUCAACAUGAUGAAGAGCAUCUCGCGGUGCAUCGCUGAGGGAGCGAUUACUUUUCUGGCGCAAGAGUUCAAGUACAUGGCAGUAUACAUCGUCGUGUUCUCCACGAUAUUGGGGAUCUUCGUCGGUGUCCGUACGUCUUCUUCGAUAAGAUCCCAAGUCCUCGAUCCAACAACAAAACAGGGGCCGUUAUCGACGAUGGCCGCAUUCGUCCUAGGAGCUCUAACGUCGAUUCUGUGUGGUUAUGUGGGAAUGAAGAUCGCGGUAUACUCCAACGUCCGGACUUGCCACGAGGCGUGGAUGGAACUGGGGCGGGGCUUUCAACUAGCCUUAACAGCUGGAAGUGUCAUGGGGUUUGCCCUCGUCUCUCUCGGAUGCCUCACCCUCGUUGCGAUAAUUCUCCUCUAUCGCCUUCCUGCUCUCUUCGGCACAAAUCCAGAGGACCAAAAGGCCCUCUUUGAGGCCGUAGCAGGCUACGGCCUAGGGGGCUCAUCGAUUGCUCUGUUUGCGCGAGUUGGAGGCGGUAUAUACACAAAGGCGGCAGACGUGGGGGCAGAUUUGUCUGGGAAAAAUGAGUACGGCAUGUCUGAGGAUGACCCUCGCAACCCCGCGUGCAUCGCCGACAACGUGGGAGACAACGUAGGAGAUGUUGCAGGCAUGGGAGCGGAUCUGUUUGGAUCGCUUGCCGAGGCCAGCUGCGCGGGUCUUGUCAUUGCGGGUGCAUCCGUUGCGACCUCGGCCGGAGGACCUCAAGGCCUUGCGUACAGCUGGUCGGGUCUGAUGUUUCCAGUGUUGAUCUCGAGCACAGGCAUCUUUACUGGGAUAGUCACUGUCAUUCUGGUUCGCGCGUGCAUCUCUGUCCGGUGUUACGACGACAUCGAAAAAGCCUUCAAGUGGGUGAUGUUCAUCAGCACUGGGCUCGAGAUGCCCGUCUUGAUCCUCCUUUCCUACUGCUUCCUGCCUGCGGAAUUUCUUCUCGACGGGUGCAAAGGGACGACGGCAUGGUGGCACGCCGCCAUCUGUGUCACCUUGGGCUUGUGGGCGGGACUGGCGAUCGGCUACGUCACAGAGUACUACACUUCGCAUUCGUACUUUCCGGUGCGAGAAAUUGCGCAGACGCAGAUCGUCUCCGCUGCGACUGGCAUCAUCUACGGCCUCGCCCUCGGCUACUCGUCCACAGUAAUUCCCAUUGCCUGUCUCGGCGUCGCCGUGCUUGUCGCGCACACCCUCUGCGGAAUGUAUGGCAUCGCCCUCGCUGCCUUGGGCAUGCUCUCCACCCUCACCAUGGGACUCAUGAUUGACGGCUACGGACCCAUCAGCGACAACGCCGGUGGCAUCGCAGAAAUGGCGGGUUUGGGCCCUGAAGUUCGAAGCCGUACAGACGCCUUGGACGCCGCGGGAAAUACAACCGCCGCUGUAGGCAAGGGGUAUGCCAUUGGUUCUGCCGCACUGGUGUCUCUUGCUCUCUUUGGAGCCUUCACCGUGCGCGCCGGUAUCAACACUGUCGAUGUCCUUGAUCCAUGGACCUUCACCGGACUUCUCUUCGGUGCCAUGAUGCCCUACGCGUUUAGCGCCAUGACAAUGAAGAGCGUCGGAAUCGCCGCCAACGAUAUGGUCCAGGAAUGUCUCCAACAGUUUCCACUUAUUAUUCAGGGAAACAUUGAGCCUCAGUACAAGCGCUGCAUCGAAAUCUCCACUCGGGCAUCCCUUCAUGAAAUGAUUGCCCCCGGAGCCUUGGUCAUCUGCGCACCCGUAGCUGCGGGGAUGAUGUUCGGCAAAAAUUGCACUGCUGGGUUGCUUGCGGGUGCUCUGGUGUCCGGCAUUCAACUUGCUAUCUCUGCAUCAACCUCAGGCAGCGCCUGGGACAAUUCAAAGAAGUACAUUGAGUCUGGAGCUCUCGGGCCUGAUCAUGCGAAGGGAUCUCAGGCACACAAGAACGCGGUUACUGGCGACACCGUGGGUGACCCUCUAAAAGACACUUCGGGACCCUCUCUGAAUAUUCUGAUUAAGCUCUCCGCGAUCAUUUCUCUCGUCUUUGGCGCUUUCAUUGCCGAACACUUUUCGAAUGCACAAGGGGGACCUGCGUGGGUUCACGUGUAG